GGUUGGGAGGAGGAGGAGAAUGACAACAAGGAGGAUGGUGUCUGCCGGCUAGCGUCAUUGUUAUUCGGCUUGACUCUCGCUCUCUCACUCUCCCGAAGCACCACCACCUCUUUUUUGUUUUUAAAAAUUAUUAUUAUUUUUUUCGGUGGAGAGGAAAAUGCAUACGGAAUCGUGUGUCUGUGCCGUGUGACGAGCGACGUCGUGGUUACGCGCACCUGCCGCGGCGCUGGAGCACAGCAAAAGCGUUAUAAAAUGGCUGCGACCUCGAAGAAAUAGUAUUUUAGUCUUUUUAAAAAAAAUCUAUGCCGUAUAGAGGAGGACGUUCGUUGGUUUGUUGGACGUUCGCGCCCCGGCUGUGUUUAUUUUUAGCUAGGAGGUUGGCUCGUACACUUCGGUAACAGCCAUUCCCUUUGCUUUUAUUUCUUUAUUUAUUUUUAAAAAAAAAAAAUUAAUCAUUACUACUAAUAACGCUUAAUUAGCGGUCCAUGUGUCCUUAAAAACGACUCCGUCCAACAUCAUGUGGGUCAGUCCCGAAGAGGUGUUACUGGCGGGCGCCCUGUGGAUCACCGAGCGGGCCAAUCCCUAUUUCAUCCUCCAGAAGCGGAAGGGCCACGGCGGGGGUGGCGGAGGACUGGCAGAUCUUUUGGUGGGGACCUUGGACGUGGUCUUGGAUUCAAGCGCCCGGAUGGCUCCCUACAGGAUUCUCUACCAAACCCCGGACUCUCUAUCCUACUGGAUCAUCGCUCACGGAACGUCACGUAAAGAGAUCACAGAGCACUGGGAGUGGCUGGAGCACAACAUGCUGCAGACUCUCUCCAUAUUUGAGAAUGAAAACGACAUCACCACCUUUGUCAAAGGAAAAGUCCAGGGCAUCAUCGCCGAAUACAACAAGAACCAUGACGUCAAAGAGGACGAUGACACAGACAAGUUCAAGGAGGCCAGCUCCAAGUUCCGCAAGUUGUUCGGCAUGCCGGACGAGGAGAAACUGGUCAACUAUUACUCGUGCAGCUACUGGAAGGGCAAAGUGCCACGGCAAGGCUGGCUAUACCUCAGCAUCAACCACCUCUGCUUCUAUUCCUACCUACUGGGCAAAGAAGUCAAACUGGUGGUGCGCUGGGCGGACAUCACACAGCUGGAGAAGAGCGCCACCCUGCUGCUGCCUGACGGCAUAAAGGUGAGCACGCGCAGCCACGAGCACGUCUUCUCCGUCUUCCUCAACAUCAACGAGACCUUCAAACUGGCUGAGCAACUGGCCAACAUCGCCAUGCGGCAGCUGCUGGACAACAAGGGCUUCGAGGAGGACCGCUCGCUACCCAAGCUCAAGAAGAAGUCGCCCAAGAAGGUGUCGGCCCUCAAGAGGGACUUGGAUGCCAGAGCCAAGAGCGAACGUUACAGGGCGCUCUUCCGUCUGCCCAAAGAUGAAAAACUGGAUGGGCACACGGACUGCACCCUGUGGACUCCCUUCAGCAAAAUGCACAUCCUGGGUCAGAUGUUUGUCUCCACCAACUACAUCUGCUUCACCAGCAAGGAGGAGAUGCAGUGCAGCCUCAUCAUUCCCCUCCGUGAGGUGACCAUCGUGGAGAAGGCCGACAGCUCCAACAUGCUCCCCAGCCCCGUCUCGAUUAGCACCAAGAACCGAAUGACUUUCCUGUUUGCCAACCUGAAGGACCGGGACUUCCUGGUCCAGAGGAUCUCCGACUUCCUGCAGCAGACGCCCUCCAAAAGCUGCCAGGAGCGGGAACUCACGGGCAGCCUCAACAGUUUUGACGACGAAGUUUACGGAUCGCUGCUGUCCAGCAGCCCGCAUCACAGCGUGAGCUCAGAGGGAGAGCGCAUCUUCAAUCUGAACGACAGCAGCGUGCCCACCGCCUCGCAGGCCCUCAUGACCAUGUACCGACGCCGCUCGCCUGAGGAGUUCAAUCCCAAACUGGCUAAGGAGUUCCUGAAGGAGCAGGCCUGGAAGAACCACUUCACCGAGUUCGGCCAUGGUGUGUGCAUGUACCGCACCGAGAAGACCAAAGAACUGGUCCUCAAAGGCAUCCCCGAGGGCAUGAGAGGAGAUCUGUGGUUACUGUUCUCUGGGGCCAUCAACGAGAUGGCCACCCAUCCCGGCUAUUACGAAGACCUGGUGGAGCGCUCCAUGGGAAAAUACAACUUAGCCACAGAGGAAAUCGAGCGGGACCUCCACCGCUCCCUGCCGGAGCAUCCCGCCUUCCAGAAUGAGAUUGGCAUAGCCGCCCUCCGUCGGGUCCUCACCGCCUACGCCUUCAGGAACCCAAACAUCGGAUACUGUCAGGCUAUGAAUAUUGUGACAUCGGUGUUGCUCCUCUACGCUAAAGAGGAGGAGGCCUUCUGGCUACUGGUGGCACUCUGUGAAAGGAUGUUGCCGGACUACUAUAACACCAGGGUUGUAGGAGCUCUGGUGGAUCAAGGCGUGUUCGAGGAGCUGGCCCGCGAGUACGUGCCUGAGCUGUACGACUGCAUGCAGGACCUCGGCGUCAUAUCCACCAUCUCGCUGUCCUGGUUCCUCACACUCUUCCUGUCGGUCAUGCCGUUCGAGAGCGCCGUUGUGGUGGUGGACUGCUUCUUCUACGACGGCAUCAAGGUGAUCUUCCAGCUAGCGCUCGCCGUGCUGCACGCCAGCAUCCACCAGCUGCUCAGCUGCAAGGACGACGGCGAGGCCAUGACGGUGCUGGGCAGAUAUUUGGACAAUGUCACCAAUAAGGACAGCACCUUGCCACCCAUCCAACAUCUGCAUUCCUUGUUGACGGACAACGGAGAACCACAUCCCGAGGUGGACAUCUUCAAACUGGUCCGCAGCUCUUAUGAGAAAUUUGGCUCCAUCCGCGCAGACGUGAUCGAGCAGAUGCGUUUCAAACAGAGGCUGAGGGUCAUCCAGACCAUCGAAGACACAACCAAACGGAACGUGGUCAGAACUAUUGUGACAGAAACGGCCUUCACCAUCGACGAGCUGGAGGAACUCUUUGUCCUCUUUAAGGCGGAGCACCUGACCAGCUGCUACUGGGGAAGCAGCAGCAACCCGACGGAGCGCCACGACCCCAGCCUGCCCUACUUGGAGCAGUACCGCAUCGACGUGGAGCAGUUCAAGGGCCUCUUCAAGCUCCUCUUCCCCUGGGCCAACGGCGCCCACUCGGACCCUUUGGCCGUGCGCUUCUUUCGCCUGCUGGACCACAACGGCGACGCCUUCAUCAACUUCCGCAAGUUCAUCAAUGGCCUCGGCGUUCUGUGUCAUGGGGACCUGUCGGAAAAGUUGAAGCUCCUUUACAAGAUGCACGUUUUACCUGAGGUGACCAAUGAACAGGAAGAGCCCGACUCUGCCUUCGAGGCCACGCAGUACUUCUUUGAAGACAUCACCCCGGAAACUUCCAUGGGCCAGGAUGCGAAGAACCGAAGCGAGAAGGACGACGGCUUUGUCAGGGUUAUGUUUAAAACGGAAAAAGUCAAGAAGCUGAACGCUCACGACUAUCGCCACUACUUAAAGCUGUGGAACCAGGACAGCAAGUCCAAAGGGGAGAGCACCAAAGAUCUCCCGAAGCUCAAUCAGACUCAGUUCAUCGAGCUGUGCGAGACCCUGUACAGCAUGUUCAGCGAGGACCCCGCCGAGCAGCAGCUCUACCACGCCACCGCCACCGUCACCAGCCUGCUGCUGGAGAUGGGAGAGGUGGGCAAGCUAUUCUGCGCCGCUCGCCGGGACCACCAACGCGGGGGGGAUCACUCCUCCGAGGAGGAAGAGGAGGAGCGUUCGCCAGCCAUGCAGGACAUCAAGCUGGAGGACGCGUCUCCCAAAUCGGCCAUGCUCACCUCGGACGACGAGGCCAAGGACGACACAUCGGUGUCGUCGUACUCGGUGCUCAGCGCCGGCUCGCACGACCCGGAUGACAACAACAGGCUGCGCUGCGAAGACAUCGCCGACGACACGGUGUUGGUGAGGAGCGACGGGGAUGUGAAGAAGAAGAAGAACGCUGAACCCGGCUUGGACAUAGACUGGGCCAUCACCUUCGAGCAGUUCCUGGCGUCCGUGCUCAUCGAGCAGGCGCUGGUGCUGUACUUCGAGAAGCCCGCGGACAUGUCGGCUCGCAUCACCAACGCAAAGAAUGUACGCAAAGUCGGACGCAAAGCCCUGCUGUCCACCAGUGACUAUGAAAUCUCACUCUCCGGUUGAGACCGAGACUUCUUACCGCUUCUUAUUUAUAUUUGUACGCCGUCUCGUGUGGGUUUUAGAUGAAUAUUGACAGUAAUCCCCCACUAUUGGCGGCGGGAAGGAACCGAGCCCUGCUACCUAUUGCGAAAAUCUUUGAUUAAUGCCACCCGAUGUUGGCAAAGUACUACUUCUGUCUGAAUGAAGCUCCUUAACUCACUUUAACAAGAUGGUGGCAAAACACUAUUUUCUAAAAUUAAGCUCCUCAACUCACGUCAAGAUAGUUGCAUGGCACGAACAUUCUGCAAGAUGGUGGCAAAGCGUGACUUUUGCCUAAAAUGAAGCUUCUCAACUCACUUCAACAUAGUUGCUUGGUAUCUAAAUACCACAAGAUGGUAGCAAAGAACGACUUUUAAUAAAGCUCCUCAACACAUUUCCAAAUAGUUCCUUGGUGCCAAAAUGCCGCAAGAUGUUGUCAAAAUGAAGCUCCUUAACUCACUUCAACAUAGUUGUUCGGCACCAAAAUUCCCCAAGAUGGUGGGUGGCAAAACACUACUUUUUUUUCUAAAAUGAAGAUCCUCAACUCAAGUCAUCAUAGUUGCUUGGCACCAAAAUGCCACAAGAUGGUGGCAAAUCACUAAUUUAGUCUAAGUGACGCUCCCCUGAACAGUUACUUGGUACCAAGAUGCCACGAGAUGGCGUCAAAAGCCAGAAAUAUGUGGGGAGGUUCGCUGUAAUCGAUGCCAACCCCUGUAAAAGGUUCUAAUUGCCCGUAUUAAUAGUUUAAAGGGUAAAUAACGACAAACUAUUUUCCCAAAACACUUCAAGGGAAUUGCAGAAAAAGUGAACUUAUGAACAGCGAACUGCCAAUAUACGGGAGAUUACUGUCAUGUCAAAUAGUGCAAUGAAUGUGACCAAAAACUCACGAGUAGAGACAACAUACUGUAAUCACAUGUCGUCGCUGUACAGUAGAUAGUGCUAUCACUGUAAUCUAUUACAGUUUUUCCCAACCUUUACUGAGCCAAGACACAUUUUACGUUAGCAAAAUCUCACAGCACACAAAAAUGUCCCAAAAUGUAUACACUAUAUGUCUUUUCUCACAAAUUGACUUAUUCGGUGCGAAACGUGGGGCCUGUGUAGUUGAACACUUUGCUAUUAUUCAGUUGUAUGAAUGGCAACAGGUGGAUACACAGCUUAAUUGGAUCUUCCGCCAAUCUAGUGGAAAAACGAUUAAUUGUUCUGCCUGUCACUAUAAUUUGCUUAGAUAGCUAGAUAAACAAAGAUAUAUUAUUUGUUUUAAAUAAUGAUUUUCAGAACAAUGAAGUGAAAUUGGAUGAUUUUGGCACAAUGGUUUGGAAUCACUGCACCAUGAGACUGUCCAUGUUGAUGCAACUCAUCAUUUCUUAACUGUAGGAAAAAGAAAUCAGAAGAGAGACGGCAGGCACUGAGAGAACUAGAGCGCUGCAGCAAAAUGGAGACUAAGGCACAGCAGGAGCUAACAACAGCCGGUUCAUUUUUGACCAAGCUUAGACCAGCGGCUCGUAAACUAGAAACUAGCUGCUUUUGCCAGCGGAAAAACCUGGGAGGAGAGUCGAGUCGAGCCGAGCGGGUACCGUGCGGUUGACAAGUAGCGUACGCUUAUUCCACUUGCGCUGAUUAGGUCACCUUCCCAAAUAAUGGGAAUAAAUAAUCAAGUUAUUCCUUCCAAUGAUUCUGAUGAAGAGUUUUACACAGGAAGUGUUGAGCGGUGUACAGUAAGUAGAAAAUGUUUAGGUAGUGUAGGAUGACAAUGUCACUAAAGCGCUGUUGUAUGGACACGCUGUCACUUUAUGUGGGCUCUACAAGCACUCAUGUAUUUUAAAGUUUAUGUUCCUGAUGCCUUUUUUUUUUUCUUUUUUUUUUUACAAUUUUUGUACACAUUUGUUUUUGUUGCUUCAUUUGUUCGAUGCACUGAAUAGCACGACGCGAAAAUAAAAUGAAAUUAAGACAGUC